CGGGAUCGCAGGAAAAACCCGGCUGGUGCCUGCCGAUCCCGGAGCCGCGUCCCCGGCCAGUCAUCAGCCUAGGGCCCCUGGGGGAUGGGGCCACACAGCAGCCCAGUCAUGUCAUAUGUGUGCGUUAUGGCCCAGGAAAGGAUGGACGAGUCUGUAUUUAUAUGGUGUGAAGAUUGCGCACAGUACCACGACUCGGAAUGUCCCGAACUGGGUCCGGUGGUGACCGUUCAGGAUUCCUUUGUGCUGAGCAGGGCCAGAUCGUCCCUUCCCACCAACCUGGAGAUCAAGCACGUAGAGGACGGCACGGAGGGGGUAUUUGCAGUAACGCCGCUUGUCAAGCGCACUCAGUUUGGCCCAUUUGAAUGUAAGAGAGUCGCCAGACUAGACAAAGAACCUGUAUUUCCACUCAAGGUGUUCCAGAAAGAUGGGCUGGUGAUGCUGCUGGACACGUACAGCGAGCAUGACUGUAACUGGAUGAUGCUGGUGAGACCGGCCAUGGCGUUCACCCAUCAGAACCUCACCGCCUUCCAGCAUGGCAACGAAAUCUAUUUCACUACCUCCCAGGACAUAGCAGCGGGCACCGAGCUGCGGGUGUGGUACGCCGCGUUUUAUGCCAGGAAGAUGGAGAAGCCGCUGCUUAAGCCCCCUAUGCCAUCUAACAAUGAGGUGGGAUUUUUGGCACCAGAGUCUGAAAAAGAAGUUAACUCAACAUCUUCAAAAUCCAGCCAAAUCGCUUCUGUGGCUUCCAAGAAACUAAAAAUGAUCCGUUCUCCGGCAGCGUACACUUCAGUGACGUGCCAGGAGAACAGUGACAUCAUUCACGUGGAAACCUGCGAGUGGGUGUGUAAAGUGUGCAACACGACCUUCAUAGAGCCCAACUUGCUCACAGAACACUUGCUAAGUCACCUGGAACAAGCAAAAGGGAUCUCCCCCACUGGAGCCUGUGAUUCCACGUACGCAGAGGGCAGCGCCGCCUGUACGAUGUCGGAGCAGGCGGUGGUCGGCAGCACCACCGCCCCUACUGUGGAGCUGAAGAAGAAGCAGAAGAGGGGCCGCAAGUCCAAAGCUGCGAAGGCUGAUAUUCCCUUAGUGAUUGUGGAGGAUGACAGCCCGCCAGAGCACCAUCCCAUCUUAUACAGUCCGGUCUUCUCCUCGGACCGCGUGGCUGAGAUCAUCACUGAAAUCCCCCCCGACGAUGUUCCUUUGCCUCACGACUCUGACGACAAGUUCAUGGAGUUGAUGUUGGGAAAACUGCCGGCCCCCAACAGUAAUAGUACACCUGUCUCCAAGUUCUCCUUCCACCAGAGCGGCAGCUCCAUGAAGCGGAACAUGCUGCUCUCUGGCUCCCGGCACAACCUGCGGAGGAAGUUUGUGCGCCAGCAUGGAGACCACAAGCGCAUCUUCCAGUGCAACAUCUGCACCAAGGUUUUCCGAAACAGCAGCAACCUGAGCCGCCAUGUCCGAUCCCACGGUGACAAGCUCUUUAAAUGUGAGGAAUGUUCUAAACUGUUCAGCCGCAAAGAGAGCCUGAAGCAGCACGUGUCGUACAAGCACAGCAGGAACGAGGUUGAUGCUGACUACAGAUACCGCUGUGCCACGUGCGAGAAGGCGUUCCGGGUGGAGGCCUUCCUGGAGUUUCACAACUGCAGAACAGAUGACAAGUCCUUCCAGUGCGAGAUGUGCUACAGGUUCUUCUCCACCAACAGCAACCUGUCCAAGCACAAGAAGAAGCACGGGGAGAAGAAGUUUGCGUGUGAGAUCUGUAAUAAGCUAUUCUACAGGAGGGACGUCAUGCUGGAGCAUCACCGGAGACACCUGGAAGGAGUCCGACGAGUAAAGCGGGAGUCCAUCCAGCAAGCCACGGAAAACUCCAUCAAGUACAAGAAGGAGCCGUCUGCCUGUCCUGUCUGCGGGAAGAUGUUCUCCUGCCGCAGUAACAUGAACAAGCACCUGCUCACGCACGGAGACAAGAAAUACACCUGCGAAAUCUGCGGCCGGAAAUUCUUCCGGGUGGACGUUCUCCGAGAUCACAUCCACAUCCACUUCAAGGACAUCGCCUUGAUGAAUGACCAGCAGCGGGAGGAAUUCAUAGGGAAGAUCGGAAUCUCUUCCGAGGACAAUGACGACAACUCGGAUGGCAGCGCCGACUCUGAGCCCCACAAGUACAGCUGUAAGAGGUGCCAGAUCUCAUUUGCGCGGGGGAAGGAAUACCUGAAGCACAUUAUGGAUGUACACGCGGAGAAUGGCUACGAUUGCAGCAUCUGCCACCGACGAUUCGCGCUCAAAGCAACUUACCACGCACACAUGGUGAUCCACCGCGAGAACCUGCCUGACCCAGAGGUGCAGAAGUACAUUCACCCGUGUGAAGUUUGCGGAAGGAUUUUCAACAGCAUUGGAAACUUGGAGAGACACAAACUCAUACACUCAGGAGUAAAAAGCCACGGCUGUGGUCAGUGCGGGAAGUCAUUUGCCAGGAAGGACAUGUUAAAAGAACAUAUGCGAGUCCACGACAACAUCCGGGAAUAUUUAUGCGCAGAGUGUGGAAAAGGGAUGAAGACGAAGCACGCUCUGCGCCACCAUAUGAAGCUGCACAAAGGUAUCAAAGAAUAUGAGUGCGUAGAGUGUCACCGCAAGUUUGCGCAGAAGGUCAACAUGCUGAAGCACUACAAGAGGCACACAGGUAUCAAGGACUUCAUGUGCGAGCUCUGCGGGAAGACUUUCAGCGAGAAGAACACGAUGGAGACCCACAAACUGGUCCACACUGUGGGGAAGCAGUGGACCUGCUCGGUGUGCGACAAGAAGUACGUCACGGAGUACAUGCUCCAGAAGCACGUCCAGCUCACGCACGACAAGGUGGAGGCCCAGAGCUGCCCCCUCUGCGGGACGAAGGUCUCCACUCGGGCAUCCAUGAGCCGGCACUUGAGGCGCAAGCACCCUGAGCCGACGAUGGAUGGGGAGGAGGAUGAAGAAAUACAGCAGAAUAAAGCGCUGCAACUGGAGCAGGACAAGGAUGGGGAGGUGGAGGAAGUUGUCCAGGAAGACUCAGAGUUUGCACAUUAUAGUAACAAAGAAGUGGAAUUCACUAGCGGUACAGGAGAAGAAGACGGAUCUGCUGUGGAGACCCUGCAGCAGGUUGUUGUGACGAUUAGUGAUGGGAAUGUCCCUGCGCCAUCCUGCACUGUGGGACUGACCAACAUAACGGUAACCCCUAUCACCACCACUGCGGGAGCCCAGUUUGCCGGCCUGCAGCCGGUGGCGGUGGGCCACUUGACUACUCCUGACCGGCAGCUCCAGCUAGACAGCUCCAUCUUGACUGUGACUUUCGAUGCGGUCAGCGGCAGCGCCAUGCUUCACAACCGGCCAGCCGACCUGGCAAUCACCUCGGCGCAGGAGGCCGCUGGCCCACACCCUGUGGCGCACUUCAUCAACCUCACCACCUUUGUGAAUUCCAUAGCUCCCCUGGGGGGGCAGAUCGCAACUGAAGGACCUCUGACAUGGAGAGCGGUACCUGUUGACGAAACUCCACCUCCCACAGAGGAAGACCCUCCCUCCGUACAGACUGAGCAGGAACCUCCGUCUUCUCCCACGCAGGCCGGGCAAGCCUCGGAAGCAGACUCACAGGAACAGAUGUACAGUUACUAAACUGUUAUCCAGUCGCUGACUAAGCUGUGUACUUGAAUUAUGGUUACUAGACCUAUUAAAUUAUAUGGACUAUUUUUUUUUUUUUUUUCCUUCACAUUUUUUUUUUUUCAAAAAAAUUUCCACUCCGGUUGGAAUGUGAUUAUCGCAAUGUAUUAAUUUUGCCUCUCAGGCAGCCGACGGGAUGAGAAGAGAAAUAGAUUUUUUUUUUUUCUUGACAGUGUUAAACACUUAUUGAUGUUCUCAUUAAAAACACUUUACAAC